GCUAUGGUAUCUGCAGGCCUCCAGAUCAUUGGCAUGUUCCUGGCAUCCAUUGGCUUUCUGGGAGACAUCAUCAUCUGUGCCCUCCCCAUGUGGAAGGUGUCUGCUUUCAUUGGGAACAACAUUGUGACGGCACAGAUCUUCUGGGACGGCCUGUGGAUGAACUGUGUGAAGCAGAGCACCGGCCAGAUGCAGUGUAAGGUGUACGACUCCAUGCUGGCUCUGCCCCAUGACCUGCAGGCGGCCCGGGCUCUGGUCGUAAUCUCGAUCCUCGUAGUCUUUUUGGGGCUGCUGCUUGCCACCAUAGGAGGGAAGUGCACAAACUGCAUUGAAAAUGAGGCAGACAAGAACAAGGUUGCCGCAAUUGCAGGUGUGUUCUUCAUCGUUGGUGGCAUCCUGUGCCUGAUUCCUGUGUCUUGGUCUGCAAAUGAGGUCAUCAGGAACUUCUACAACCCUAUUGUGAUUGACGCACAGAGGCAGGAGCUUGGUGCGUCGCUGUUCAUCGGCUGGGGCGCGGCAGGUCUCCUGAUCAUCGGCGGUGUGCUUCUGUGUGCUCAGUGUCGCCGGGGUGAGGACAGCAGAUAUUCUGUGAAAUACUCAGCCCCGCGCGCCACAGCCACUGGCGGGGCCUAUGUUUGA